AACCACCGUGCAGACCGAACCUAUUUCCGAUGCGCAGUGCACGGUCGCCGGGCGUCGACAACUGACGGACUUUUUGAUUUUCGCGUGUUUCCGCGGCUGUGGUCUCGCGGCUGUGGUGGGGUCGCCGCAGGAUGAGGCUACGAUGGUUUUCCAUGCCGCUGUUCGUCGGCUUCAUGCUUUUCCUGUGCGUCGUCCUGUUGGCCGUUAACUUUUUCGAACUCAACUGGAUCCAGUACGAGCACAACAAGUUCCAUCACGGACAAGAGCCGUACGCCAGGCCGCCGACGCCGCCGUCACCGUUGUCGUCCCAAAGGCACGCGGAGGCCGCGAAAAGGCCCUCGUACAUUGUCCUGGCGAAAAACGCCGAUGCUGGACACUUGGUGCACGUUUUCGACGUGUUCAACGUUUACGGGUACACGAGAAGACCGUUCGACAAGAAAGUGGAAUGGGACGUUAUAUGGGCUCACGAAUAUCCGUUCAAAGUGUACGCUGACCAAAUCAUGUUUUCCGAUUUGAAACCUCAUCAAAAAGUCAACCAUUUCCCUGGUGUUGGUUUUAUAACCAACAAAAUUGAUUUGGCAACAUCGAACAUAAAAUAUGUACCCCCAGCUUUUCACAUGCCGAAAGAAAAAUCAAAAUUUUUCACAUUUGCCAAACGGUAUCCUCAUAAACUGUUCGUUCAAAAACAGAACAACCACCGUGGCAUUAAAAUUAAAUCAAUCAAAGAAUUGGACUUCAAUUCAAACGGUACAUUCAUUCAGGAGUAUAUUGAUAAUCCUCUGUUGAUUGAUGGACACAAAUUUGAUAUUGGAGUGUAUACCAUCAUUACGUCCAUAGAUCCUCUUAGGGUUUAUAUAUACAACGGCGACAUUUUAUUCAGAUUUUGCAUGGAAAAAUAUCAUCCAUUCGAUCCCGACAACAUAGACAAAUAUGUAAUAGGAGAUAACUAUUUGCCAACGUGGAAUGUUCCGUCUCUAAAAAAAUAUUACGUUGAUCAAGGCGCUUCGAUGAAAGUCUCCGUCGAAUCUCAUCUGAAAGCUCAAGGAAGGGAUGCUACAAAAAUAUGGGACCAAUUGGAAGACGCCAUACGAGUCGUAUGUCUAGAAAAAGAAUCAAUGAUAAGAAACCUAAUGCGAAAUUACAAGUCGAAGACGAAUUUUUUUGAAAUGGCACGUUUUGAUUUUGUUGUCGAUAACGAUCUAAAGGUGUAUAUAAUGGAGGUCAACAUGUCGCCAAAUUUGUCAUCGGCUCAUUACCCACAAAAUCGUUUACUUUACGAACAAGUGUUAUUCAAUUUGUUUGCUAUUGUAGGCCUGACUCAUUUCGAACGCAAAGGAGACAGUAUGGCAGUGUCCACGAAAAACAUCGUCGCAUACCCUGAAAAGUGUGCUAGACUGAAUUGUGACCUGUGCGAUUCAGAAGACUGUCUACUGUGCAAACCUUGCAUGGAUCGGGACACAAAAGUCCAAUUCACAAAUGCCUAUCGGGAAUACAUAGAUCGGCAUGACUGCAAAAGAGUUUUCCCGCCAAAAUUUAAUCCGAACUUUUUGAACAACUCUGAAGACCUUAGCAGUUAUAGUCCGAAAACGCGUUUGAUGUACAAAUGGUUCAAAGGAAAAUGCAUCGCGGACACUGAAUGGUGUUAAUAAUUCAAAAAAUGUGUUUCGCUAGGAAUCGUGAAGAGAGGAAAGUCACUAUUUCUACUUUUAAUCAAAACGAAAGCCAUAUUUAUAUAUAUAGUUUUUUUUUUUAUUGUUUUUAUAUUAUUAUGUAAUACUUUAAUUAAAAUUACAAAAAGUUAAUUUAUUUACGUAACCUUGUUAUUUUUACCAAGUAAAAUUCAGUUACUCAAAUCCAGUCUGUUGCUAUAGUAUAUAAGUAUAAUAAUAUGUGUGUGCGAUAAAAAAUAUUUCGAAUGUGUUACGUGACAAUAAUAUUUAUACGCUUUAAAACUAUGUACCUAUAUAAUAUUAUAAUUUGAAGAUAUAAUAUUUUUUUAUUAUAUUCAGCCGAACAAAGUGGCUAAAUUUGAAGCUAUAAUAUUCUAAUAAUUUUCAAGCAUCUAUAUCGAUAAAAUAUUUAUCACUAGCAACCUAUAAUAAUACGUUUAUGCGUGUGAUCCACAUUUAAUUCAUACAACAAUUUGUUGUGAUAAUAAAAUACUAACUCUA